AUGCAACUUCUGGAAUGGGUAGUGGCUCUCACUGGUCUGUGGAUACUCUCUCAUCUCUGCCUCGCCAUAUACAAUGUGCUUUUCCAUCCUCUACGAAAUUACCCCGGACCGAAGCUGGACGCCGCUACCGGGCUGGUUUAUGUUUACCACAUGGUGAGAGGAAACAGUUGCAAAUACCUCGCCGGCCUCCAUGAAAAAUACGGAGAAGUUGUUCGAGCUGGUCCCAACGAGAUUUCAUACAUGACCGUGUCGGCCAACAAGACAAUCUUCGGGAACAAAACUACCGAGAAAAUGUCCUUUGAGAAAAACCCCGCCGUGUACAUUCAGGGCGAAGGCACAGCGCAGAAUAUUCUCUUCGCCAGCACUGGCGAACAUCCGCGUUUCAAGAAGCUCAUGUCCCCAGCAUUCUCCGAGCAGGCAAUCAAAGAGCAGGAGCCGACGAUUCAACAAUAUACUAGUAUGAUGAUUGACGCAUUAAGAAACAAUCGAUCGGGAGAUGCAUGCUAUCCCGAUGCAAAUGGAAUCGCAAACAUCGGAGCUUGGUGCAAUUUCCUCAUUUUCGAUAUUCUGAGCUGCCUCUCCUUCGGCAAACCCAUCGGCUGUCUCCAGAUGGCUGAUUACCACGAGUGGGCCAAUGUGAUCUUUGGUGCCAUGAAGCAUUCCCAUUUCUUGCAGUGCGCCCACCGACUCAAACCCUACCACCGGCUCCUCGAAAGAUUGAUCCCUGGAGAUAUCAGUGGCCCUUACGAGACGCACAUGCAAAACGUGCGAAAGAAUCUACGCGAACGCGAGACAAUGGAAAACCUUGCCCGGGCAGACUUUGCGUCUUUUAUCCCCAAAGGAAUGUCCGAAGACGAAUUGGUCGACAAUGUGAACAUUCUUGCUACCGCUGGUAGCGAAACGACGGCCACCACGCUCUCUUCACUUUUCUACUAUCUGACACAUAACCCUGACAGUUACCAGAAACUGGUCGACGAAGUCCGAUCGACUUUUUCGAGUGAGGAGGAAAUCACUUUCAAUGCCGUGGCUAGCCUGAAAUACCUAAAGGCCGUCAUCCAGGAAACUUUCCGAAUUCACCCUUCAGUUCCAGUCGGGUUACACCGUAUUACCCCUAAAGCUGGGAGCUAUAUUGAUGGGAAAUGGGUACCUGGUGGGACUUGGGUGUCAGUUGCCCUCCUCGCAGCUUACAGAUCACCGAGGUACUGGAAGCAGCCGGAGGAUUUCCUUCCAGAGCGGUGGCUGGAGGACCCAGAAUUUGCUUCGGACAAUCGCCAGAUCUGGGCACCUUUCUCCAUUGGCCCAAGAAAAUGCAUUGGAAUCAACUUGGCGUACCUGAAUAUGCGAUUGAUCGUGGCACGACUGCUGUGGAACUUUGACUUUGAUCCGCAACCCGAUAAUGUCGAUCCGCACGAGCUGAAGGAAUAUGGGGUCUGGCAGGGUCAGGUUCCACUGAAUUUGAAGAUCCGCGAUGCAAGGGCGUAA